CCUCCCGCCCGAGGCGCCCUCCCUUGGUCCACGCACAGGCGCCUUCGCUGGGAGCCGCAAGGUGCUCCUCAGACCUCAAGGGCGCAGCCCACGGUCGGCGGGCUCUGGCGCAGCUUUUCCUAGGAUCGCUCCUGAACACGACCCCAGACGGGGAUGGUCAGUGACUGCCGCCGUCUGGCACUCAAGCGGACGCGGUGAGGGCACGAUGGCGCUGACGGCUCAGAGUGGGUCCCGUCCGGAGCUCUGGCUACUGCUGCUGUGGGCAGCCGCGUGGCGCCCGGGUGCCACGGCGUGCCCCGCCCUCUGCACCUGCACCGGUACUACGGUGGACUGCCACGGCAUGGGGCUGCAAGCGGUCCCCAAGAACAUCCCGCGGAGCACCGAGCGCCUGGAACUCAAUGGCAACAACAUCACCCGGAUCCACAAGAACGACUUUGCAGGCCUCAAGCAGCUGCGGGUGCUGCAGCUGAUGGAGAACCAGAUCGGAGCUGUGGAGCGUGGGGCUUUUGACGACAUGAAGGAGCUGGAGCGACUCCGACUGAACCGGAACCAGCUGCAUGUGCUCCCAGAGCUGUUGUUCCAGAAUAACCAGGCUCUGUCCAGACUGGAUCUGAGUGAGAAUGCCAUCCAGUCCAUCCCCAGGAAGGCUUUUCGGGGCGCCACCGACCUCAAGAACCUACAGCUGGACAAGAACCAGAUCAGCUGCAUUGAGGAAGGGGCCUUCCGGGCUCUCAGAGGGCUGGAGGUGCUGACCCUGAACAACAACAACAUCACCACCAUCCCCGUGUCCAGCUUCAACCACAUGCCCAAGCUGCGGACCUUCCGCCUGCACUCCAACCACCUGUUCUGUGACUGCCACUUGGCCUGGCUCUCUCAGUGGCUGAGGCAGCGGCCCAGCAUAGGACUGUUCACCCAGUGCGCCGGCCCUGCCAGCCUGCGUGGCCUCAACGUGGCCGAGGUCCAGAAGAGCGAAUUCAGCUGCUCAGGCCAGGGGGAGGCAGGACGUGUGCCUGCCUGCACCCUCUCCUCUGGCUCCUGCCCGGCCAUGUGCACCUGCAGCAAUGGCAUUGUGGACUGCCGCGGCAAAGGCCUCACCGCCAUCCCUGCCAACCUCCCCGAGUCCAUGACGGAGCUCCGCCUGGAGCUCAAUGGCAUCAAGUCCAUCCCACCGGGGGCCUUCUCUCCCUACAGAAAGCUGCGAAGGAUAGACCUGAGCAACAAUCACAUUGCAGAGAUGGCGCCCGACGCCUUCCAGGGCCUCCGCUCCCUGAACUCACUGGUCCUCUAUGGGAACAAGAUCACAGACCUCCCCCGUGGGGUGUUCGCAGGCCUGUACACCCUCCAGCUCCUCCUCUUGAAUGCCAACAAGAUCAACUGCAUCCGGCCCGAUGCCUUCCAGGACCUGCAGAGCCUGUCACUGCUCUCCCUGUACGACAAUAAGAUCCAGAGUCUUGCCAAGGGUACCUUCGCCUCACUGCGGGCCAUCCAGACGCUGCACCUGGCCCAGAACCCCUUCAUCUGCGACUGUAAUCUCAAGUGGCUGGCAGACUUCCUGCGCACCAACCCCAUUGAGACAAGCGGGGCCCGCUGCGCCAGUCCCCGGCGCCUCGCCAACAAGCGCAUCGGGCAGAUCAAGAGCAAGAAGUUUCGCUGUUCAGCCAAAGAACAGUACUUCAUUCCAGGCACCGAGGAUUAUCAACUCAACAGUGAGUGCGGCAGUGAUGUUGUCUGUCCCCACAAGUGCCGCUGCGAGGCUGGCGUAGUGGAGUGUGCCAGCCUGAAGCUGACCAAGAUCCCCGAGCGCACCCCGCAGUCCACAGCCGAGCUGCGAUUGAACAACAAUGAGAUCUCCAUCAUCGAGGCCACUGGGAUGUUCAAGAAACUUGCACAUCUGAAGAAAAUCAACCUGAGCAACAACAAGGUGUCAGAGAUUGAAGAUGGGGCCUUUGAGGGUGCAGCCUCCGUGAGCGAGUUGCACCUGACCGCCAACCAGCUGGAGUCCAUCCGCAGCGGCAUGUUCCGGGGGCUGGAUGGCCUGAGGACCCUGAUGCUGCGGAACAAUCGCAUCAGCUGCAUCCACAAUGACAGCUUCACGGGACUGCGCAACGUGCGCCUGCUGUCGCUGUAUGACAACCACAUCACCACCAUCUCGCCCGGUGCCUUUGACACCCUGCAGGCCCUGUCCACACUCAAUCUCCUGGCCAAUCCUUUCAACUGCAACUGCCAGCUGGCCUGGCUGGGUGACUGGCUGCGCAAGAGAAAGAUCGUGACGGGCAACCCGCGCUGCCAGAACCCUGACUUCCUGCGGCAGAUUCCACUGCAGGACGUGGCUUUCCCUGACUUCCGGUGUGAGGAAGGCCAGGAGGAAGGCGGCUGCCUGCCCCGCCCGCAGUGCCCCCAGGAGUGCGCUUGCCUGGACACCGUGGUACGAUGCAGCAACAAGCACCUGCGGACUUUGCCUAGGGGCAUCCCCAAGAAUGUCACAGAACUGUAUUUGGAUGGGAACCAGUUCACCCAGGUUCCAGGCCAGCUGUCUACCUUCAAGUACCUGCAGCUCGUGGACCUGAGCAACAACAAGAUCAGUUCGCUGAGCAAUUCCUCCUUCACCAACAUGAGCCAGCUGACCACUCUGAUCCUCAGCUACAAUGCCUUGAGGUGUAUCCCUCUGCUGGCCUUCCAAGGGCUCCGGUCCCUGCGUCUGCUGUCCCUCCAUGGCAACGAUGUCUCCACCCUCCAGGAAGGCACCUUCACGGAUGUGACCUCCCUGUCUCACCUGGCCAUUGGUGCCAAUCCCCUGUACUGUGACUGCCACCUCCGCUGGCUCUCCAGCUGGGUGAAGACUGGCUACAAGGAACCUGGCAUUGCCCGCUGCACUGGGCCCCUGGACAUGGAGGGCAAGCUGCUCCUCACCACACCUGCCAAGAAGUUUGAAUGCCAAGGUCCUCCCACCCUGGCUAUCCAGGCCAAGUGUGACCCCUGCUUGUCCAGCCCCUGCCAGAACCAGGGCACCUGCCACAAUGACGUGCUUGAGGGGUACAGGUGUACCUGCCCAAGCAGCUAUAAGGGCCGAGACUGUGAGGUGUCCCUGGACAGCUGUUCCAGCAGCCCUUGUGGCAACGGUGGGACCUGCCUGACACAGGAGGGCGAGGACGCUGGCUUCACGUGCUCCUGUCCCAUUGGCUUUGAAGGACCAACCUGUGGGGUGAACAUAGAUGACUGUGUGGAGCACGCAUGUGCCAAUGGGGGCGUCUGUGUGGAUGGUGUGGGCAACUACACCUGCCAAUGUCCCUUGCAGUAUGUUGGUAAGACCUGUGAGCAGCUGGUGGACUUCUGCUCCCCAGAUCUGAACCCGUGUCAGCAUGAGGCUCAGUGUGUGGGCACCCCAGAUGGGCCCAGGUGUGAGUGUGCACCAGGCUACACAGGGGACAACUGCAGUGAGAAUCAGGAUGAUUGUGGAGAUCAUCGCUGCCAGAAUGGGGCUCAGUGCGUGGAUGAGGUCAACAGCUAUACCUGCCUUUGUGCUGAGGGCUACAGCGGACAGCUUUGUGAGAUCCCGCCUCGGCUGCCUGUGCCCAAAAACCUCUGUGAGGGCACUGAGUGCCAGAAUGGUGCCAACUGUGUGGACCAGGGCAGCCGGCCUGUGUGCCAGUGCCUGCCAGGCUUCGGUGGUCCUGAGUGUGAGAAGUUGCUUGGCGUCAAUUUUGUGGAUCGGGACACCUACCUGCAGUUUACUGACCUGCAGAACUGGCCUCGUGCCAACAUCACACUGCAGGUCUCCACAGCAGAGGACAAUGGGAUCCUGCUAUACAACGGGGACAACGACCACAUCGCCGUUGAGCUGUACCAGGGCCAUGUGCGUGUCAGCUAUGACCCGGGCAGCUAUCCCAGCUCUGCCAUCUACAGUGCCGAGACCAUCAAUGACGGGCAGUUCCACACCGUUGAGCUGGUCACCUUUGACCAGAUGGUGAAUCUCUCCAUUGACGGCGGCAGUCCUAUGACCAUGGACAACUUUGGCAAACACUACACGCUCAACAGUGAGGCUCCCCUCUACGUGGGAGGGAUGCCAGUGGAUGUGAACUCAGCCGCCUUCCGCCUGUGGCAGAUCCUCAAUGGCACCAGCUUCCAUGGCUGCAUCCGAAACCUGUAUAUCAACAACGAGCUACAGGACUUUACCAAGACGCAGAUGAAGCCAGGCGUGGUGCCUGGCUGUGAGCCCUGCCGCAAGCUCUACUGCCUGCAUGGCAUUUGCCAGCCCAAUGCCACCCCAGGACCCGUGUGCCACUGUGAGGCUGGCUGGGGAGGUGUGCACUGUGACCAGCCAGCCAACGGCCCCUGCCAUGGCCACAAGUGUGUCCACGGAACAUGCAUGCCUCUUGAUGCUCUCUCCUACAGCUGCCAGUGCCAGGAGGGGUACUCAGGCGCCCUGUGCAACCAGGCUGGGGUGCCAGCAGAGCCCUGUGGGGGCUUGCAGUGCCUGCAUGGCCACUGCCAGGCCUCGGCCUCCAAGGGGGCACACUGUGUGUGUGACUCUGGCUUUGCGGGCAAGCUGUGUGAUCAAGAGUCCGAGUGCCAGGGCGAUCCCGUCCGGGACUUUCACCAGGUCCAGAGGGGCUAUGCCAUCUGCCAAACCACGCGCCCGCUUUCGUGGGUGGAAUGCCGAGGCUCCUGCCGGGGCUCGGGCUGCUGCCGGGGCCUGCGGCUGAAGCGGAGGAAGCUUACCUUCGAGUGCAGCGACGGGACGUCUUUUGCAGAGGAGGUGGAGAAGCCCAGUAAAUGCGGCUGCACCCCGUGCGCCUAGGCGGGCCGGCGGGGCGGGCCAGGCCGGGCGGG